CCUCCUUCAAGCCUCCGGGGCUGCUGCGCUCGUGUUUAGUUCCCCUCUCAUAGUCAAAGGAAGGAUUGAUUCCUUUGGGAAGAGACACAAAUCACUUCAGUUUGAUCGAGAGGGCUAAGGAUACAGCUUCCUCUUGAUUUAGCCACUUUUGACUUUCUUGUUUUGUCCUGACAAAGAAAAAAAGAAGAAGACAAGAGGAGAAAAGUUGUUAGGUCACGGUGACAUUUGAUAUGAGAUCUGCUUGAUCGCACCAGCUGCUCCCAGGAAACAUUAUCGGCAGCACAGAAAAGACGUCUUGCUUUUUGUUUCCACUUUGCGUCUUGGUGACACAGCGAUCUGUCCUGGUUUCCAAACUCCUUCCCAUCUCUCUCUCUUUCUCUCAAGCGCGCGCGCUCUCUCUCUCACCCUCUCUCUUUUACGCACGGGAGGUGGGCACCUGAGAACACUACCAACGGGAAACGAGUGCGAGAGAUCCCGGUUUCAUGUUUGGGAUUCAGGAGAGCAUCCAAAGGAGUGGGAGUAUUUUGAAAGAGGAGCCCAUCGGAGCCGGCAUGAACGCAGUCCGAACAUGGAUGCAAGGCGCCGGGGUGCUGGAUGCGAACACGGCCGCGCAGAGUGGAGUGGGACUGGCCCGGGCGCACUUCGAGAAACAGCCGCCCUCAAAUCUUCGCAAAUCCAACUUCUUCCACUUCGUUUUAGCCCUUUAUGACCGACAAGGACAGCCGGUGGAAAUUGAGAGGACAUCUUUUGUCGGAUUUGUGGAAAAAGAGAAGGAGACUACAGGAGAAAAGACAAACAAUGGCAUACAUUACAGACUGCAACUUCUCUACAGCAACGGCAUCAGAACAGAGCAGGAUUUUUAUGUAAGACUAAUUGACUCCAUGACUAAACAGGCCAUCAUAUAUGAAGGUCAGGACAAGAAUCCGGAGAUGUGCCGUGUGCUCCUGACUCAUGAAAUCAUGUGCAGUCGUUGUUGUGACAAAAAGAGUUGCGGGAACCGCAACGAGACACCCUCGGAUCCCGUCAUCAUCGACAGAUUUUUUCUCAAGUUUUUCCUGAAAUGCAAUCAGAACUGCCUGAAGAAUGCAGGGAAUCCACGGGACAUGCGGCGCUUUCAGGUGGUUGUGUCGACGACUGUGAGUGUAGAAGGACAUGUUCUGGCUGUUUCGGACAACAUGUUCGUGCACAACAACUCCAAACAUGGCAGAAGAGCUCGGCGACUGGACCCGUCGGAGGGAACGCCAUCAUAUCUGGAGCACGCUGCACCUUGUAUCAAAGCCAUUAGUCCCAGUGAAGGCUGGACAACAGGAGGUGCUACUGUCAUCAUCAUCGGAGACAACUUCUUUGACGGGCUGCAGGUCAUCUUCGGCACCAUGCUGGUCUGGAGUGAGCUCAUCACACCUCAUGCCAUCAGAGUUCAGACCCCUCCGCGUCACAUCCCCGGGGUGGUUGAGGUCACGCUCUCCUAUAAAUCCAAACAGUUUUGCAAAGGCACACCAGGAAGAUUCAUCUACACAGCUCUGAAUGAACCCACCAUAGACUACGGUUUUCAGCGGUUACAGAAGGUCAUACCUCGGCAUCCAGGAGACCCUGAACGCUUGCCAAAGGAAGUGAUUUUGAAGAGAGCAGCCGAUCUAGUGGAAGCACUUUAUGGAAUGCCUCAUAACAACCAGGAAAUCAUUCUUAAGCGAGCAGCAGACAUUGCUGAAGCCCUGUACAAUGUGCCACGAAACCACAACCAGCUCACCGGCCUCACCAACAGCUCCGUCCAUGCAAGCAUGAUGGGAGUGAACUCCUUCACUGGACAGCUCGCCGUUAACGUCUCAGAGUCAUCUCAGGGUGGAAACCAGGGUUUCAGUCGUAACACGAGUAGCGUAUCACCACACGGAUACGUGCCCAGUUCCACCCCACAGCAGAGCAGUUACAGUACAGUAUCCACCAGCAUGAACGGCUACGGCAACGGCGGCAUGACCAACCUGACCGGCUCCCCGAGCUUCCUGAACGGCUCUGCUGCCAACUCGCCCUACGCAAUCGUCCCCUCCAGCCCCACCAUGGCCUCCUCCACCAGCCUGCCCUCGAACUGCAGCAGCUCCUCUGGAAUCUUCUCCUUCUCUCCGGCAAACAUGGUUUCAGCUGUGAAACAGAAGAGCGCGUUCGCUCCUGUCGUUCGGCCCCAGUCUUCACCUCCACCUACAUGCACUGGCACCAAUGGGAACGGUCUCCAAGAUCAGUCUUUUGUCGACUCUAACAAGUACUCCACAGCCAGCGUGCUCCAGGGCCUGGCCUUCUCCUGAAUUAUCCCUGGAAUGAUUGUUCCCCCAAUGUAGGGUGUGUGUGUGUGUGUGUGUGUGUGUGUGCAGAUGGAAAGAUGAAACAUGCUCUUUCAUGCCACUGGUCUCACUGAGCGUGUGCAGAAUACUCCGGCGCUGGACUGACCUCCCGGUCUUGUUCUGAAGGAUGAAAAACUACAAACUCAGGCCCUUUUUAAACACAAUCUGCUUUGAAACAAAAAGAUAUAGAGGAAGAACGAUACGAGAAAAAUAUCGAACUGAACUGUUGUACCUCCCUGUUUUGAUGUUGAAAUUUGUACUCACCUUCUAGACACUUUUUAAGAUAAGGGGCGACCUGCCCCGUCUACACUAUAACAUGAGAGGUCUAUUUAUUUUAAAAAACAGUAGUUAUUGAUUUGCCAUCAAUAUUUGUGUGUUUCUGUGUGUACCACCCUUUUAUGAAAUGAUACCUGACACAAUAUUGCAGUGGUUUCUAUUUAUGAUUUUAGAUGAAGGAUUGCAGGUGAUUUUUUGCUCAAGGAAUGUCCCACUGAAUUUGUGAAAAUGCAUUUGAAAGUCAGUCAGUCUACAAAAUGCCAGCAAUGUAAACUCAAUGUAAACAGCCAUGUAAAAAAAAUAAUUUAUGCCUUUUUUAUGGUUAAAAACCAAUUCAGAGCUGAGAGACUCGGUUCCUUUGCAUUGUCACUGCCUUGAUUUUCACGUUCAUAUUCCAUUUGUUGAUAUUAUGCUGCCUUCAAGUCCUUCUGGGAAGUUUUAAUUCCGAAAAACAUUUUGAGAGUCGUUGGUUGGGGAAAAUGGGCAUGUUUGGCCCUUUUUAUACUUAAUGUUAAGCUUUUUAGCAGCACUGCAACAAAACUAAAAGGAUCGUUUUCUCAUCAUUUACUCACUCUCAAGUUGUUCCAAACCGGUUUGGCUACCCACAUUCUUGUUUCCAAUUCAUACAUGUUUGGAACAACUAUUGGAACAAAUUUUCAUUUUUGGAUGAACUAUCACUUUAAAGGCAAAGGAUGCAUGCAAAGUGUGUACCUGAUGCUUUAUGUAUUUUUCUUUUAAUAGUUAUGCCUUCAAAGAUUGAUAGCUUUGUCACAUAAAAGUAGUGUUUUCGGUUUAGCUUUACAGCUACCGUAUUUUUCAGACUAUAAGUCGCACCUGAGUAUAAGUCGCAUCAGUCCAAAAAUACGUCAUGAUGAGGGAAAAAACAUAUAUAAGUCCCACUGGACUAUAAGUCACAUUUAUUUAGAACCAAGAGAAAACAUUACCGUCUCCAGCCGCGAGAGGGCGCUCUAUGUCUUCAGUGUAGACUACAGGAGCACUGAGCAGCAGAGCGCCCUCUCACGGCUGGAGACGGUAAUGUUUCCUCUCAGUUCAUUUCUCUCGGUUAAUUUCUCCUGGUUCAUGUCAAAUUAAUUUUGAUAAAUAAGUCGCACCUGACUAUAAGUCACAGGACCAGCCAAACUAUGAAAAAAAGUGUGACUUAUAGUCCGGAAAAUACGGUAUUCCUGAUCCACAGCACAGAAACUGCAUAUUAACAGUUAAUUAAUAUUUGUCCCCACAAUGAAUUGAAUUGCCACAGCACUAACUCAGAAAGUCUUAAAGAAAAGAAAUUAAAGUUUCUCACUAGAAACUAGAAAAGAUAAAUCCGAUAUGACUUGAAGGCAACAUUUCAAGUAAUUUCAUGCUCAUCUCUACCCAGUUUUAUCAUUAUGUAAUGCCAAAAUGUAUAGCCCCAUCGAAAAAAACCAGCAUAUGCUGGUUAGGUAUGUUGAAGCUGGUUUAAACUGGUCCCUAACUAGCAUAUGCUGUUUUUUUUUCAACAGGGAGAGCAAACACUGACCACUAGUAACACAUUUUAUACAGAGAUAAUGCCAUCAAAAAGCCCGAAAAGAGAUCGCUGCCUUCUUUUUAUAACUACUCUCUAUGGAGGACUUGCAGUGUCAAAAACAAAAAUGCUAAUUAUUAGUGUUUUAUGCCAUUUUAAUGACCUUUUUCCUUUUAAUUUGUUUGUGUUGUAGAAACAAAAUAAGAAUAAAAACUGUGAUAACUUCUUUAUACUUUAGUUUGCAGUCCUCCAGUAGAUAAUGUUCAGACUGAACCGACUGAAACUGAUUAAGUAUUUAAUGCUCUGCUUUUCUUGUACUUCAGUGGUUCUCAACAGGUUUUACCUUUGAGUUUGCCCAACACAGCCCUGAACUGAUCAUGCAAAAGUACUGAAAAUGUUUUUCAAAUCAACACUGAAAUGCAUUCAAAUCACUAUGCACAUUACAUAAUUCAUAGCAUUAUGUUAUUUUGAUUUCCCAUUGACCCUAUCAGCUGAGACGUUUUUAUUCCCCGUCCGGCCGGUUGAGAACUACCGAUGUAGAUCAGUCUGAGUGUAUGUUCAGGAGAUGAAGGGUUUGGAUGUUACGGCAUGGUCAGCACUGUGAAAUCUCUGUACCCUUCUCACGAAUGAGCCGAGAUUCAGAUGAAGCCAUUACAUUGGAUUCUAGCAUGUACAUAUGUUUGAUUUUAUAAUUCUCUUUUAUUUUGCCAAAGUCAUUGUUUUGAAUAUAUUUAUACAUCAGAAUGGAGUCAUAAGGCAGCUUUGUACAACCUAGUGUCACUGAUAUAAUGUUUACGACAUGCUUAGCAGAUCUCAUUGACUUUAGCUCUGAGGUUUUGAUGUUCACGAAGGGAUUAUGUAGGAUACCCAUAUGAAUAUUGUAUGUAUGCAUCGCUUGAAAUUGUACAUGCUUCAAACUCUCUUCAUGUUUGCGUGUUUUCGCUCUUCAUUUGGCGAUGAUCUGUUUUUAUAUCGUCAUCUGCCAAGUUGUGUCCAUUAAUGUGAUUUUAUUUGUAUAGUAAUUUUUGUAUGUCGAAGAACAACUGUUUGUUUGAUAGGUUUUUUGGGCUGUUCACACACUUUUUUUUUUCUCUCUCCAUGAAAAUGUUAUAGCAUUUUGUUACAUUGUUUUGUUUCAGAUGGCACGGUUUGUUAAAUAGUUUGUAUUUUAAUGCAAUGAAGUUUGAGAGUAUAUUCAACAUGUAAACAAUAUAAUCUUUUCAUUUUGCUUCUCUGGAACUUGCAGAGAAAAGGAUAGUUAUUGUUUUCAUGCUCAGCAAAUAUACAAUAAUAUCUCCCUGUUUUUGAAUAAUUUCUCUCCGGAAUUUGCUUUUUUUAGAGGGAAAAUAAUACACAUGUUUUUCUUCCUUUAUAUCCCUUGUCAAUAAUUUCACAAUACGGUUUUCUUUUUCUUUUUUUUCUUUUUUGAAGUGUACCAACAAUCAGAUGUCUUAAUGCAGAUUUCUCUUUUUUUACAUUAUUUAUUUAUUUUUAAGAAAUACUUAUUUAGAUAGUUUGGUUAGAUAAAAAUAUAAAUUAACAAGUUAAACUAUGGAGUAACAGCACAAGAGUCUAUCCAGUUAUUCGCUUGAUCAUUUCAUUCCAUGACACUCCUCUCCACUGUCAUGUCUUAACAAAUUUCAUCUUUUUUUUUUUUUUUUUUUUUUAGUGCAUCACAUCUAAAAACUGUCUGUGUUUCACAGUUCAUGUGUCUCAUUUCCCUCUGAAUCAUGGCUUUUCCCAUUAUUUAAAUGGGCAUCAAUUGCAAAACUAUCAUUUGAUGGCUACUUGAUUUAUUGAUUAAUAUGUCACGCAUCUAAAUUGACAAGUCAUCUGCUACUAUUUUUCCUGUUGAUUACAAACUUGUUGUAGACUGGACUUUCAGUGGGCAGUUAUUACUGGUGAAAAUAUAAAAAGAAACUACUGUAAAGAUGAUCAUUUUUUUAAAUACCAUUGAACUGUAAAAUAACUUUUUGACUUUCACAAUAUUUAAUUAAAGUUUCCUCUUGUCUGUGACUCUU